GCACACAUUCCUGGGUAACUUUUAAGAGAGUAUAGGCUUUUGCGCUAACCGUUCUCUGCGGCCUCGAAUGACUCCUCUCCCGGAUGAUUGUUGAGGAACUCUACGCUGCGGGCGCGGACGCGACUCUUUCGGAAGACAAACCCAAGGCCUAAGAUAACAGCGGUAUCAGUACCUCGUUGGCUCUUUCCAGGGCAUUCUCCUGAAUAACAUUUGCGUGCUGCGUUUGGAGUCCGCCCACUCUUCGUUCCUUUUUACCUAUAAAGGACAUCCUUUCAGGCGAAGCAUGGACCUAUGGGCGAAGGGAGGUUAUAGUCUCUCCGGCCCUGGGGUGAGUGCCCCCCCCCUUCCCGUCUCUGUUCCUUAUUAGCGCCUGCUUAUUCCUUUGUUUUGAUGCAAGCUUCCCUCUUAUUUAUUCCGUGCUGGUUUAGUAUAACAGAUUGUGAAAGCAUCAACCAUGUUGCUGUUUCCAUUGAUAGCGAUCUGCCUAAUUUCACAAGGCCAAGCAUUCAACUGGAUGGAUUACGAUGAAGUGAUUGAAAAGUCAAUUUUGUUCUUUGAGGCCCAGAGGUCGGGUGCUCUACCAGAAGACAACAGGAUCGAUUGGCGUGGUGAUUCUGCUCUUUAUGACGGAAAAGACGUAGGAAUGGACUUGACAGGGGGAUGGUACGACGCCGGAGAUCAUGUCAAAUUCGGUCUUCCAAUGGCAUCAUCGGCCACUCUACUCGCUUGGGGUAUCAUCGAGUUUAAAGACGCAUACAUGGCAGCGGGCCAGUACGAAAAUGCAAAGAAGCAGUUAAGAUGGGCCACGGAUUACUUCAUCAAGUGUCACGUGUCUGCAAGUUACGAACUUUUCGUCCAGGUAGGGGAUGGGCAUGCUGAUCAUUCCUACUGGGGUCGUCCCGAAGACAUGACCAUGUAUAGACCAUCUAUGAAGAUCACACGUUCCAACCCUGGUUCGGACGUUGCAGGAGAAACUGCUGCUGCCCUGGCCGCUGCUUGUAUUGUCUUCAGGGACAGUGACUAUUCAUAUUCGGAGACUCUACGGGUGAGAGCACAAGAGUUAUUUGAGCUCGCCGACUCUUAUCUUGGUAUUUACUCCAACUCCGUUCCUGAAGCUAAUGAUUUCUACCGUUCCUCAGGCUAUAAUGAUGAGCUAGCUUAUGCCGCUGCUUGGAUCUAUAGAGCUACUGGGUAUAGUUUUUAUCUCAACAAGGCUAGGGAAUUCUACAGCUCCGGCACACCAUGGGCACUAUCCUGGGACGACAAAAACGCCGGUGUACAGAUGAUGAUGUACCAAAUUGACAAGUCCAACACAUAUCUGUAUAAGGAAGAUGUGAAAAGAUUCUUAGACAGUUGGAUGACAGGUGGUAGUGUUCACUACACACCCAAGGGACUAGCGUGGCGAUCUGAAUGGGGGCCGCUUCGCUAUUCAGCCAACACUGCUUUCAUCGCCGCCAUAGCGUGUAACGAGAGAAUCGACAAUUACCAAGAGUAUUGUGAUUUUGUAAGAACUCAAAUAGACUAUAUGCUCGGUUCGUCAGGCCGAAGUUACGUCAUCGGAUUUGGAAAUAACCCACCUCAGCGUCCUCAUCACCGAUCAAGUUCCUGUCCCGACCGUCCUGCGUCCUGUGACUGGAACAAUUACAAUUACGAAGGACCUAACCCGCAGACUCUCACCGGAGCCCUGGUCGGAGGACCCGACAGCAAUGACAACUACGACGACAGGCGUGAUGACUACAAGAGUAACGAGGUCGCUUGCGACUACAAUGCCGGCUUCCAGUCCGCUGUGGCUGGCCUUAGGCAUUAUCUUCUCUAGCUAAGUUGCAUUUUACAUGAAGGAUAGUCGGAUCCAGGAUUUCAUAAUUAGGAGUACAGAAGUAAAUUUAUCCAUAAGUUUGUUUGCCAAACCUUUGACAAGAAAAAGGGGGUUCCGUUUGCACUUACUGCCGCAAAGAAAGGAAGAAAUGAAGGUUUAAAAAAAAUAUUCAUUAUAGGGAUGGUCCAGGCUAAGGAUAUUUAUAUUUCAAUAAAAAGAGUAAAAUUCACAAAGCAAAAUGCUGAAAAUUUUAUCUAAAUCGGAUAACAAAUAACGAAGUUAUUGAAUUCUAAAGAUUUGCAUUAUUCCGGUGAAACAGUUCUAGGCAUGUCUUUGUGAAUAUUCAUUAGAAGGGCUGAUGAUGUCAUAUCCCCAUUUGUUAUUUUGUACUUUAUCAUAUGAAAUAAGGUUUAUUCAAAAGUUUUCUACCAAGAACUAUAAAACAACUGGAUUGACAUCUGAUUAAGUGCAUUAGUUAUUUACUGCCGCAAGUUAUUUCAUCAUAAUGGAAACACAUCAUUUACACAUGUAUGAAAAAAAUGAAACAUUUAUGAUUUCUUGUAAUAACAUAAGAAAAGGGAAAAUGGGGAUGUGACAUCAUCAGCCCACUUAAUGAAUAUUCAUGACGAUGUGCAUAUAGCUGUUUUCACAAAAUAUUGAUAAACUUUAAAAUUCAAUAACUUCGUUAUUUGUCAUCCGAUUUUGAUGAAAUUUUCAGCAUUUUGCUUUGUGACUUUUACUCUAUUUAUUUAGAUAUAAAUAUUUCCAGCCCGGACCAUUCAUUUAAAAUGAUACGAUGCAUGUUUCACUUUGAAAAGCAGGAACACAGUGAAAGACACAUCUUUUCACCUGAUCACAGGGUCACGUGGUACAACAUUAGGAUAAAGGGAGGCUAGACAGAGGCCUGUCACAUUCCCCCCCCCCCCGCCCCUACCACUGGAUCCGUCGCCUUCUGGAAAGCUGAAACGGUGUUUUAAAAAUAACGAUGGGCAAUACUGCAUGUCUUUUAAGAUAUGUAGGCUAAUAUAAUUAUAAUAAGAAUUAUCGUCAAGAUUAAAUAUCAAUUUAAUUGGUUACAAUAGUUAAUUUUAUCAAUCGCCAUAAUUGUAAAAACUUGAGUUAUUGGUUAAAAUCAGUAAAAACGAUUUGAACAACAUUCUACUACAAACAUCUGAAAAAUGUUGUUUUUCCUCUCGCAUACACUCUAAAAAGGUUUACCCAAUAUUGGGCAAAAUGGGAACAUGUAUGUUUGCUGUGUAAAAUGAUAGCAAAUACUUGGCAAACUUUACGCAAUGUUGCGUUGAAAUUUACCCAUUAAACUUGCAUUUUGUCGAAUAUUGCGGAAAAGAUUACACAGCAAACACGCUUGUUCCCUUUCUUCCAAUAUUGGGUAAUUUGUGUACUCUUCUUUUUUUAGAGUGUACUCACCCUUAAUCGAUGACGAUCAAGGUCCUAGAUUCCUCAUUCUCUUAUAGAAUCAACUCCACUACCAUGUUUACUGUUACUAUAGCAUUGAUUUAAAAAAAUCACCCCUAACGAGUGUAGUGAUGGGUUAAUCACAUCACUACUUUUUUUAUAUUAUACAAUAACAUAUCAAACUUAUUGAUUGAAAUUUAUCAAUCUAAUAUUUUCAGAUUUAUUUCCAAUCUAACAAAAUAUCACAUAACCAGGGGUGUGAUGACGAAUAUUUAUUUCUCAAAUAUCUAAAAUCGUUGUGAUAAUUAACUUUGUUAAUUCAACUUAUCAUCAGCAUGUUUCAUCCCGAAUUGAAAUAAAAUCAAUAUUGCUCACA